UAGAACUGCAACGGCCCACGACACUCUAGACGGCCAUGAACUACCGCAGGAUAUACCUAGAGUUGUGGUCCGCGACGUACGCUGCUUGGCGUACUGUCGUACCUGAGCCACAGAACAGGACUGAAGUAACAUGGCAGACAGCUCCGGCCAUGUUGAUGCACUUUCUGCCCCUGCUAUUCCAGGCAUACCUGGUCCGACGACCAGACACCUAUUUGAUACGCCUGCUCCUGCUUCCAGCGGUGCUAUCGUCGCUCUUACAUGUCGGAUUCGGCUAUAUGUGGACGGAUCCCCGAUUGAAUGUGUAUAACUGGGCGCUUGGGCUACUGGCGAUGUUCUUGAUCGCACGCGCUCUCGACUUUGCUUUCGUCAAAGACGGGAGAAAGAAGUUGAACGAGGUUGAAGCUGGCGUACCCCGGGGCAGCUCGCCCGACUCGGAUGACUCGGACCUCGAUCGGUCAGAGAAGCCGGCUCAUCGCAGCCCGACCAUGACCUUCCUGCCUCUCUGGUUCAGAGAUGCCCUGGAGAUCCUCUUCACUGCUCGCGGACUCGGCUGGGACUUUGGUAAACCUGUCUACGUACCGCGCGAUUCUCGUCCGCAGGAGCGCGGCCCGUUCCUGCGUGCCACCUUACUGUCCUUCCUCAAGCACUUUUGCCUGCUAGACUUCCAAGAGUCUCUCAUCAAAUGCGUACCUGGGCUUAGCAGCCCAUACGGCGGGAGCAUCUUCCUCUCCAACUUACCACCACUCCAACGAUACGCCGUCUCCACAUUCGCGCACAUCCUCACCGGCAACUGCUUCGUCUCGGGCUUCCAAAUGGUCUACGACCUCUGCACCCUAAUCGACGUCGGCCUCCUCGGGCACUCGCCCUCCUCCUGGCCGCCCAUUAUGGAGAACCCCUGGGCCACGGACUCCCUGCACGGCUUCUGGGCCCGGCGCUGGCACCAGCUCUUCCGGCAGAUCUUCCUCGUCUUCGGCGGGUACCCGGGCGCCUGGCUUGCGGGCAACGUCGGCAUGGUCGUCGGCGCGUUCGUCGCGUCCGGGCUCUACCACGAGCUCGCGAUCUACGCCAUGGGCCGCGGGCUCGACCACCGCGUCACCAUCUUCUUCGGCCUGCAGGGCUUCAUGGUCAUCCUCGAGAAGCUCUGGCGGAUGGCCACCGGCCGGCGCGUCGGCGGCUGGUGGGGGCGCCUCUGGUGCUACUUCGUGAUCAUCGUGCUUGGUCAGCCGGCUGUCGACGCAUGGCACGUUCGCGGCCUCGCCGGUGGGAUGGUCAUCUUCCCCAUUAUCAGUCCCACAAGACGCAUCUUGUUCCCCGCAAUGAGGUACCUUUGGUCGAUAGCGGCGGGCAGCCAUGCGCAGUAACUAUAUUCGCCUUGUCGCAGUUGAAGUCUAUCAAACACGGAGGACGGUAUAUCUAGCCUACUACAUAUUUAUAGAUCUUGCAUAUCGUACGUACUCUGCUAUCCUGCUAAUAGUAUCUUGAUGAAUUGCCGCG